UCCGAGUACGCGCCCACGGCACGGAAACGCGCACUCCAGUCUCCGUCCUCUGCUAGACAUGGCGGCGGAUCUAAACCCAGACUGGCUCUCCUGCCUUCCUUCUUCUUGGAGUUAUGGGGUGGCUCGGGACGGAAGGAUAUUCUUCAUCAAUGAAGAAGCCAAGAGUACGACCUGGCUUCAUCCCGUCACCGGAGAGGCAGUCAUAACGGGGCACAGAACAACCCCAGAUUUACCAACGGGAUGGGAGGAGGGAUAUACGUUCGAAGGAGCCCGCUGCUUCAUCAAUCACAAUGAGCGGAAGGUGACCUGUAAGCAUCCAGUCUCUGGUCUUCCUUCACAAGACAACUGCAUCUUUGUCGUCAACGAACACGUGACUUCUGCAAAGCUUGUCCACCCCGUUACAGAUCCUGUCACAGUCAACCCUGUCACAGUCAACCCUGUCACAGUCAACCCUGUCACAGACAACCCGGUUACACACCCGGUUACAGACCCUGUAUCAAACAGGCCAAAGGCUCCAGAGCAGGCUCCAUCAGAGGAGAGCGACCGAGUGAAGAAGGAGCGCCCGAUGAGCACCAUGAGCCAGGCUUCUAACUACACAGGAGGGUCAGACUACAGCACCUACCCUGGCAGCAGCCCCGCCACACGGCCUUCAAGGUCUUACAAAAAGGUCCACAACUUUGGCAAGAGGUCCAACUCUAUUAAGAGGAACCCCAAUGCCCCGGCGGUCAAGAGCAACUGGCUUUACAAACAGGACAGCACAGGGAUGAAGCUAUGGAAGAAGAGGUGGUUUGUGCUGUCUGACAUGUGCCUGUUUUACUACAGAGAUGAGAAGGAGGAGGGCAUCCUGGGAAGUAUCCUGCUGCCCAGCUUCCACAUCUCCAUGCUGUCUGUCGACGACCACGUCAGCAGGAAAUACGCCUUCAAGGCGACCCACUCCAACAUGAGGACAUACUACUUCUGCACAGACACGGCCAAAGACAUGGAGUCCUGGAUGAAAGUGAUGACGGACGCAGCCCUGGUCCACACAGAACCAAUCAGAAGACUGGAUAAGUUGAAGGUGGACCGCUGCUGUCCCCAAGAGGUGAACAACAUCCUGAACCACAACCGGGUUCUGACCCGACCAGAGAUCCAGAACAACGAGAGGAACCUUGAGCCGCGCCAGCCCUCCAUUACCCGCAGCAUGGACCGCGCAGACGGGGACAGGAAGCACAAAGACCCAGAGAAACACACCCUCCAGAGAGAGCGGGAACGCUACACGCUGCAGAGAGACGGAGAGAGAUACUCCCUUCAGAAAGACGGGGUGAGCUACACGCUGCAGAGAGACGGAGAGAGGUACCUGUUGCAGAAAGACGGCGAGCGGUACGCCCUGCAAAAAGACGGGGAGCGGUAUUCCUUGCAGAAAGACGGAGGCGAACGAUAUUCUGUGCCUAAAGAUGUUCAGAUGGAGAAAUACGCACCUCAGAAAGACGGGGAGAAGUACUUGGUACAGAAAGAUGGAGAGAGAUAUGUACUGCAAAAAGAAGGAGAGAGAUACACCCUCCAGAAAGAUGGACAGAAAUGCAACCUCCAGAGAGGGGUAGAAAGACAAACGUCUAUGACUGAGAAAGAUCGGUCAGAUCGUUAUGGGACCCUUGAUGAAAGGCAGAAAUAUAAAACCCUACGAGAAGGGAGUAAGUGUGGUACCCUGCGGGAUGGAGAGAAGCAUGGGACGCUCGAUAAGUAUGGUACCCUUAGGGAAGUGGAUAAGUAUGGAACCCUCCGUGAAGGGAACAAGUAUGGAUUCCAGAGGGAUGGCAGUGCUGAGAGGCCUCUGACUAAAAUCAACAGCAUCAAACUCCAACCAGCCCAGGCAGCAGCCAUCGCAGCAGCAGUUACAGCCUCCCGCCAGGUACAGGUCUCCCAGCACAUGGCCCCACAUCAGGUCAACGGCUCUGGGGAGCGGGCUGGGGACCAAAGCCCAGGGGAGGUGAUAGGUACCCUGGCCAGAGGAGCAAGGAAGGCCCAUGACCCGCCUCAGAACCAGACCCAGAACCAGCAGGCCCAGGAGCCAGAGAAGAGUCUGACCAGAACCAACUCCAUGAGGCAGCUGGAGAACUGGGUUAGGACCCAGAGGACACAAGAGGAUGACGAUACUAGGAGCAUCACCUCCUACCAGACCUUGCCCCGCAACAUGCCCAGCCACCGUGCCCAGAUCGUUCCCCGCUACCCCGAGGGCUACCGUACCCUCCCCAGGAACAUGCUGUCCCGACCUGAGAGCAUCUGCAGCGUGGCCGGCUCCGUCUACGACCGUGCCCUGGCUCCCACAUCCAACGCAGACAAGAGGCGCUCCAUGAGGGACGACACCAUGUGGCAGCUGUAUGAGUGGCAGCAGAGGCAGGCCUUCUCCAGGCAGGGCCCACCACCACCAGGCAACUACGGGACCCUACCCAGCCCCAAGACCAUGGGGAACAUCUCUGAGCACCAGGGGGUGGCCCCCUCCAUCCCCACAUCCCCCUCCCAUGGAUCCCUGGCCCUCUACCAUACCUUCUCCCCCCCGGGCCAGCACCGCAGAGACAACCCACCAGGGUCGACCAGGUCCGAGGUGUCCUCACCCAUCUUCAGAGGGGACCAGACUAUGACUAUAGACUGCAGGCACAGGACUCACCUCACCAAGUAUAACUACCCACCUGACCGCCGGUCCAUGCCAGCAGGCAUCCCAGUGCAGACCAUUACCCCACAGUCACUCCAGGGCAAGACGCCAGAGGAGCUGACCCUGCUGCUAAUAAAGCUGCGUCGGCAGCAGGCUGAGCUCAACAGCAUCCGGGAGCACACUGUGGCUCAGCUAAUGAUCCUUAGCAUGGAGGGGCCCAACGCCAAGAGUGAGGUUCUGUCUCAUCACCUUCAGAGGAACCUCAUGUAUCUGGACAGCCAGACGAAGGACAAUGAGCCGUUAAUCUUCACGAUUCACACUAUGAUUGAGAACUCUGCACCACGGCCUCAACUGUACCAGCAAAUCAGCCCUGAGGACUACAAAGACAACUCCUACAGCCACCAGAGGCCAGAGGACAUAGACACUAAGCUGAGCAGACUGUGUGAGCAGGACAUGGUGAGAACACAGGAGGAGAAACUACAGCAACUACACAGAGAGAAGAACACCCUGGAGACGGCUUUGCUGUCUGCCAGUCAGGAGAUAGAGCAGAGCUCUGACAACCCAGCGGCCGUACAGAGCCUUAUACAGCAGAGAGACGUACUGCAGAAUGGACUGCUCAGUACCUGUAGAGAACUGGCACGGGUCAAGACUGAGUUGGAGCGGUCGUGGAGGGAGUAUGAUAAAAUGGAAUCUGGCGUCUCUCUGGCCAAAACCAACCUGUUGGAACAGCUAGAGGCCCUGGGCAGCCCACAGACGGAACCUCCCAGCCAGCAGCAUGUCCACAUCCAGAAAGAGCUGUGGAGGAUCCAAGAUGUGAUGGAGGCUCUGGCCAAGAACAAACCCCAGAGGACCACUGACACUGGUUUCCUUGGUUCCAAACCCAUCUCAAACCUACAGAAGAACGAGCCGGUGACCUUGUUCCGGUCACUCUGUUCUCUCACGGAGGGUGACCGUCAGCCCCUCCGCCCGCCCCUCCCCCAGUCCUACGGCUCAACAGAGCGCCCUCCCGCAGUACCCCCCCUUCCCUCCCCCUCGGGCGCCCGUCCGCCACCACACACAAGCAAGCACGGCCAGAGGAACGGAACACACAGCAGUCAAGGCCCAGACUACCGUCUGUAUAAGAGUGAACCAGAGCUGACCACUGUGGCCGAGGAGGUGGACGAUAACAACGGGGAGGACAAUGACAAGGACAGACUACAGGCGGGGCUGACCACUGACAAGGAGCCUGCGGCCACUAAAGUCCCAUUAGGAGUACCAGUCUACCCAGUGGGUAUCGUGCCCCCCAGGACCAAAUCCCCCAUGAGCCCCCCAGAGUCCUGCACCAUCGCCUCCUACGUCACCCUGAGGAAGGGCAAGAAGCCUGACCCCAGGACUGAGCGUCCUCACAGUGCGGUGGAGCAGACCUGCGGACCGGGGGAGAGGGAGAGCGGCAGAGCCAGGAUGAGUGUAGAGGAGCAGCUGGAGAGGAUCAGGAGACACCAGCAGGCCUCGCUCAGGGAGAAGAAGAGAAGUAGCAGCAGUAUCUCCCCCUCACGCUCUCCAUCCUUCUCCAAGGAGAACCCCUUCGUUACACAGGUCAGGCUGGAGGUGUUCUCCACAGAUACCCAGGAGCUGGAGGCAGCACUGCAAGACCUGGAGGAGGUCAGAGGCCGAGUUACAGAGCAUCUGGAGAGGGACCGAGGUGCAGAACUGGAGCUGCAGAGAGACAGAGCUGCAGCAGCUGCUGAAGAAGAAAUGGAGAGGGGUCGAGCUGCAAUAGAAAAGCUGGAGCGAGACAUGACUGAGGUGGCUGCAGUGGUGGAGCAGGAGAUGGCCAGGACUGCUGUGGCUGUAGAAGAGGAGUUGGACAGGGCUGCAGAAUUGGAGCUGGAGAGAGACCGGGCCGCAGUAGCAGCAGCUGCGGAAGAAUUGGAGAGGGCUAGAGCUGCAGCUGAAGAACUAGUCAGAGGGAGGACUGCAGUGUCUCCAGAAGAGGCGCUGGAUAUUGACACGGCUGCAUUGGUGGAGCUGGAGAUGGAAAUCACUGUGGUGGAGGAGAUCAGCUACAGAGCUGAGGAGGUGGAUGUCAUCCCUGUCCUCAGGCUGAGUGAGGAGGAGCCACAGCCCCAGACGGAGAGCUCCAACAUGGACACAGAGGUGUCAGAGACCCAGAUGAUGGUGAUAUCGGAUCAGGGUGUGAAGCCCCUGUAUGUACAGUACCUGAUCCCUGGACAACAUCAACAGCAGGGGGAGAGGGAGACAGAGAGGAGAAACACCCACACUCCCAACACCCUCAUUCCCCACAACAGUUUGCCAGCUGCUGUGUCAGAAGCACUGACUCCUGAACUUGAGGAGGACAUGAUGCAGAGUGAGGUGAUGCAAGGGGAGGCCCCAGAGCAUGAGACCCAGGGGAACAACAUUAACAUAUCCUAUGAACUACCAGUAGAGGGCGCUAAACUCAACAACAACCUGAUGGCAGCCCAGACAUUGACCUUGGUGAGCAGUGACUCAUAAGCGUUGCCAGCCUGGAGACCCAAGAUGGCAUCCUACAGAGCCAUGAUGGCACCAGCCAGCCUGCACAGAGCAUGCCCAGUAGCUCUCUGUAUGUAUAGAAACAACUGUAGCCAGACAGACAGAAAGAGUAGAUCCACAGGCCUGCUCGUAUUACUUACUGCCUGCCUACACAAUAACUGUGAUGCAAAACUUUUUCAUUCACACAGAGAUAUCAGAGGACGAGAUAGUAUUACCAGAGUGAUAAUUGAUGAUGAUUAUUAUAAUUACUGGUAUUAUGAUGGUCUGUUAUUUUGGACAUGUUCUGUGAGGAUGUCUUGAGUGUCUAUUAGCUGAGCACUGCUGUGAAAAGGAGAGGACUGUACAGUUGUAAAUAAGAGCAUUAGAGGAGUCUCACACUGGGAAGAUCUCAAUUGCAUACUCCUUUCUCAUCUAAUGGGUUCUGAGAAGGAGACAAGGACCUGAGGAUGGGAGGAGUAUGCAUUUGAGGUCUUCCCACAAUCACACACUAUUGAGAGGGCGAAGCACCAAAUCUACACACACUAAGGCAGUGCUUUACUUUAACCACACCGGGGCGCCAUAUGCUCUUGUCUUUUUUACUGGUUUUACUCCCAUUUAAGUUUUUAACCCGAUGCCCUAAACUUUUCAUUUUCCACAUAUUUUACACCGCACAUUCCCUCAUUGUUCAAAGAAGUUGUUAAUAUAUACAUAUAUAAAACAUAUAGAAUGAACUAACUAUUCAAUGGGUUUAUACUUCAAUAAGGUGCCACCCUAUUGCUGCUGUUGGACAGAGUUUAAAUAUUUUAUAAAAGUUGUGUUUAUUUAUGUCGGGAGGAUCGGAAUCUGGUCGCCGCUGACAACCACACGUAAAUGUCCUGGGUUAGAAUCGAUCUGCUUCUCUGUUUUUUUUUUUUCUACGGCUGAGAUAUAUUUAAAGUAAAAUAUAGAAGAGAGAUAAAAUAGUUUUAUGAGAUUAGGGUUGUGUGUUAGAUUCUGUCUGAUUGUGUGGAGUCCUGGACAGAGAGAAGAGAACAGCACAUGUAUAAGCAAUAAGCAGGCGUUUUGUUCCUCCAGGACAUUCAAAUAUAAUGUACAUAAAUGUAAAGUUUCAUUGUGUAAAUGAUGUACACCAUAGAAAGAGCAGAGCAGAAAUUAUAAGUCUGAGGUUAUUAUUAUUAGAGUUAAUAUGAAAAAUGUUCAUAUCUCAUCUGUUUUAUAUCAUGUGAAAUAAAUGUUGAUGUUCUUAAA